CAUAGCCAACACGAAAUAUACGAAGACCUCAUCUCAUCCCUGCUUCUCGACUCUGUCAUCCUUCGUUGAACGCAUCACCCACAGCCCUAUAUAAACCCAACUCUCCUCCUCUCUCCCCAAUCUCCGCGACCCCUAUUCUGCUGUCGUAUUUACCGAUGGACGCCAUGGAGGACUUGGUGCUCCGUCUCCGCGCCUCGGUCAACUCCUUCCUCUCCCAGUACGAGCCGAUCACCCUCCUCCUCUCCCCCCUCCUCGCCCUCCUCCUCGCCCGGGCUCUCCACUCCCUCCUUGGUGCCCUCCAGGAGAAGGGGAUCAAAGCCGCGGUCCUAGGGUUCCUAAUGAGCUCCGUCAAGUUGAUCCCCGGCGUCAGCGGCUACAUCGAAUCCGAGAAGAGAAAGGUUGUGGACAAAUUACAAUCUGGCAGUAAGUCCAAAAGGGAUAACUGGAGAGCUGAGUUGCCAAAUAUUGGACUUGGAAGAAGAGUUAUUGAGGAACUGGAAGAUGUGAAAAGUAAGGAUGUGGCUUGGCAAGGAAAAUGCUCCGGAACAGUAUAUAUCGGGGGAAGCCAGUCUGAGGGUCAUUUCGCUUUGACAAAUGAGGCAUACUCAAUGUUUUCACACACCAACCCAUUGCAUCAGGAUGUAUUCCAAAGUGUGGCACGAUUUGAGGGAGAAGUCAUUGCCAUGACAGCUGCACUCCUUGGCAGUAAAGAGAAGACAUCUGGAGGACAAAUCUGUGGCAAUAUGACAUCAGGAGGGACUGAAAGUAUAUUACUAGCUGUUAAAACAUCACGUGACUAUAUGAGAGCAAAAAAGGGAAUAACAAAACCAGAAAUGAUAAUUCCUGAGUCUGCACAUUCUGCAUAUGACAAAGCUGCACAGUAUUUUAACAUUAAGGUGCGGCGUGUUCCUGUAAAUAAAGAAUUUGUUGCAGAUGUUAAAGGGAUCAGGCGAUGCAUCAAUCGAAACACGAUAAUGAUUAUUGGAUCUGCACCAGGGUUCCCACAUGGCAUUGUUGAUCCUAUUGAAGAGCUUGGCAACUUGGCAUCUAGUUAUGGCAUUUGCUUCCAUGUUGAUCUUUGCCUUGGUGGCUUCGUAUUGCCAUUUGCUCGUAAGCUUGGGUACCAAAUUCCUCCUUUUGAUUUUUCUGUAAAAGGAGUUACAUCAAUUUCAAUUGAUGUGCACAAGUAUGGAUUAGGUCCCAAGGGCACUAGUGUAGUUCUUUACAAACAUGAACUCAGAAAGCACCAAUUUGUUGCAGUCACUGAGUGGUCUGGAGGGCUAUAUGUCUCCCCUACCAUUGCUGGAAGCAGACCUGGUGGACUGAUUGCCGGGGCUUGGGCAGCUAUGAUGUCAUUAGGACUGAAUGGAUACUUGGAGAAUACAAGGCAGAUCAUGGAAGCAUCCAAGAAGAUACAGAAAGGGAUAGAGGAUAUUCCAGAGUUGUUUGUUGUUGGAAAGCCACACAUGACAGUGGUGGCUUUUGGCUCCAAUGCGGUUGACAUCUUUGAAGUCAAUGAUUUAAUGUCAUCAAAGGGGUGGCAUUUGAAUGCCUUGCAGAGACCUAACAGCCUUCAUAUCUGUGUAACACUUCAGCACGUUCCAGUGUUUGAAGACUUCCUAAGAGAUCUUAGGGAUUCUGUUAAAACUGUGAAGGAAAACCCAGGUGCAAUUAGUGGUGGACUAGCUCCGGUCUAUGGUGCUGCAGGAAAGAUGCCUGAUAGAGGUAUGGUGGAGGAGUUGCUGGUAGAAUUCAUGGACAGCUCCUGCUAGCCCUGGUUUCUUGUGCAACUCCAUACAAAAUCUCAUAGUAUUUCUAAAAUUUCUUCCUGUUACCUUUGUUGUUGAAAGAAAAUGCCAUUCAGAUAUGAAGGUUUAUGAACUAUUCCUCUCACGCUGUAUUGACAUUGCUUAUCCAUUUGAGAGGGUGUAUGUUGUUACAAUAGGACGCAUCACAGAUAAUCCUGGUAGGAGACGAUCAAUAUGAAUGUAUUAUUUUGAACGUUUAUAAGGCAAUGACAUUAUCUGUUUAGUUUUAGCAAAAGUCUUAA